GUCGCUGCGCAGUCGCACGUGGAGCAAUAGGAGAGUUUGCCGGUCGGGCAAUGGGCAAGAACAAAGGAAAAGGACAGAAGCAGAAGAAUGUAUUCCACGUGGCCAACAAAAACAUCACAAAGGCAAAAAGUAAAGCAAAGGCAGUGACAACCAGUUUGAAAAAGAUCAAUAUAGUGAAUGAUGAAAAGGUUACGAUGGUAAAUAAGAUAUUUACAGAAGUACAGAAAGAAGUCAAGCAGUUAUCCAAACCCGUUUCAUCAGAUCCCCCCAAAAGGCAUCUGAUUCCAAAGUCCCCGGAAAGAGAAGCAACUAAUGUGGAUGCUGCUACCAACUUACUGUCUCAGUUGUAGUAUUAAAUGUCUGGACUCUAGUACCCCAUUUCCUGAUACAUCAGCAAACAACAUUUUUGUAUACCUUUUAUUUUUUAAAAAAAUCUUGUUUAUAUACAGGCAUUGGCACUCUUCAAUACAACCUACAAACGGUUUCCCUAAAUCUAGGAAUAUGGAAUGUCAGUCUUUUUUAAAAAGGGGAGGUAGGGAGGGAGAAGGACAAAUUUAAAGUGCUAAUAAAAAGGCACCCCACAAAAUGCAUUCAGUGGACCAAUGCAGCAUUACCUAGCUAAUGCCCUUCAUUUUACAAUUGGCAGUGAAAAAUCAAAUAAAACAAAACGGGCCAAAAUUUUAGAAUGACUGCAGAGGGUUUCCAAAUGGCAAGGUAUGAAUAAAAUGCAGUACUGUCUAGAUUAUUUUACUAGCAAUUUUCAGUUUACCUGCACUGCUGUGAUGCAUGUGCAAAAAGCCACUUGUAUUUUAUUGACUUUAGAAUUUUCUUAGCAUAACAAUUUAAGAGGGAAAUGGUGUUGGUGAGUUAUCAAAAUCUUACAUUCAUUAUUGUAAGCGUGUGUUAUGAAACAGUCUACAAUCUUACAUAGUUAGGAGGUAGAUGAGGCACUC